AUGAUUCAACACACACUGCUUCAUGAUGCAGUAAAGUGGGGAACGGAAUUGAAUCAUCGUGGAAAUUUGCAACGAUAUGAUAAUCAGACAGCAAUGAUUGAAUGCUUCCGUAAGAGUACUGGGAAGAUCAGUUUUGACGGGAACAUCAUGCAUCCGACUGACGCUGUGAUCGCCCCAAAUAAAAGAUUAAAAGCAAUUUACCAUUAUCUUGCCAUUCUUAAGCGCGCCUAUCAUACUAAAUGCAAAAUUUGCAUUGUAAACCAAAUUUUUCUAAAACAAUUUCGAGUUUUUUUUUGA